CUGUGAUUUCACACUUGGAUUUCCAGCAACUAAACUGACUCCGAUGGUCAUGCGAGCGCUGCAGCGGUUGUGCCGCCGAGGUCCCGUGGUCACGAUCGUGGCGACUCUGAUGAUGGUUGUUGCUGGGCUGGUCUGUGGCGCGGCGUACUACCACGGCAGCCGCUCACAACGGCCGGCUUGGGAGCAGCAGCAAUCCGCAACGAACGCAGACACACCAGCACAGCAACAACAACAACAGCUGCUGCGACGCGGGCAAAACCCACUGCAGCAACAACCACAACAGCAACAGCUGCAGCAGCAGCAGCAGCACCAGCAGCAAGCGGCGCCGGGCAAGCGCAACGACGUGGCCCAGAGGGAGGAAGUGCAGGCACCGUUCCGUGUCCCAAAGCACACCCGCCAGCUGGGCGAUGCGACCACCGUUGAGGAUCUGGCUGCGAGCACCAUUGCACUGUUUAGCAAUGUCGAUUCGGAUACGCUCCCGCACUAUACUCUAGUUGUGGUCAUUCCAAGCGGCCCGAAUACAAAGGCCAUGCGUAAUAUUCUGCGGGAUACGUGGCUGCGAUUGGAAACGCAGCUCGUGAACACGAUUCGCCCCUUCUCAAAGGAGCAAGAGGCUCGAGCCCGUGAACAGGCGCUAGCGCAGCAGAAAAAGAUGGCAGCCCCACAAGCAGGAGCUCCCGCCGAUGCAUCGCUCGAUGGCGAACUCGUGGAUGAGUUGGAUUUGCCAAUUCCUGGCGCCGACUUUGACGGUCUGGAUCAGUACCUCGAAGACGACAUGCCGCUAUGGCGGGCGUUUGAGCAAGAAUGGUUGGCCUCGGGGGCUGCAACCACGGCGGUCAAGCGACCGGCCAGCGUGAGACAUUUCUUUGCGAUUGGCACUUCGGGCUUGGAUCCGUCCGAGAACGACUACUCGGACUCGUCCAUGGACAAGGACGCAAAGCAGCGGCUGCUGAUCUCCCUGAUGGAUGAACAAGACCAGCACGGCGAUCUGCUGUUCCUGCCUGCCGUGCCCGAUGGCUAUAGUCGGCUCUCGCUCAAAGUGCUGCAUUCGAUGCGCGCCAUUGAAUCGCUGCCGUUCACCUACAGCUUCCUCCUCAAGUGCGAUAUGGACUCGUAUGUCCGACUUGAUGUGAUGGUACCACUACUGCACGCUGUCGAGCAGGAGGACAGCAUCACCCAAGUCCUGGGUCCGGCGUUCGUGCCCACGACCGUCUUCCCACCCAUGCUCCACACCGCCCGUCCGGAACGGAUUGGCCCGGCUGACCGCAAUCUUGCCAUUACACUGCAUCGAGAGAGGCUGUACUGGGGCUUUAUGGACGGUCGCGCACCUGUCAAGAAGGCUGGCAAGUGGGGAGAAUCGUCCUGGUUUCUCUCAAACAACUACCUGCCCUAUGCGCUGGGUGGUGGUUAUGUUCUUUCCCAAGAUCUUGUUGGGCACAUAGCACGCACGGCACCACUACUGCAGUUGUACUUUAACGAAGAUCUCUCCGUCGGGACGUGGCUUGCACCUUUGCUAAUUCAUCGAGUUCAUGAUCCGCGCUUUGACACGGAAUUCAAAUCGCGAGGCUGUGACGACAGAUACUUGGUGAGCCAUCCGCUGCUGCCGGCCGACAUCAUUGACAAGUACAAGCGAUCGAGAGAACCAGGGAGUGGGAAUCGUAUUUGCGCCAAACAGGAGGUCGUCCGGCCAUCCUAUCAGUACAAUUGGCACCUUCCGCCAACAGAAUGCUGUCCGCGGGGAAGUUGGCCGCAUUGAUAUUUGAGCAAAAUCUCUUGGUUUCAGGUGUUUAUUUCUUGUAAUGCACAACAUGUUCAUUGAAAAGUACAGUGCGUCGAAGGUGGCCCAAUUUCAGAA